CCACCACCACAACCACCACCACCAACCAACCAGCAAAAGGCUGUCGCUGCUGUCGUCCCAGCCUCCGUCGCGCCCGCUACCGAGGAAAAGCCCGCGACCGCCGAUGAGGAGCCCGCUGCCGCCGCCGUCGCCCCAGCCACCUCUGCUGCUGCUGCCCCGGCCGCUGUCGCGGAGUUGAAUGAGGGCGAUUCUAUCCCUGACGAUCUUCCCGAGAUCCAGACCCAUACCGGCGAAACCACCACUAUCAGCGCGCUCGUCGCCGCCUCGGAAAAGGGCAUUGUAAUCUUCGCAUACCCCAAGGCCUCCACGCCCGGUUGCACGACGCAAGCGUGUGCGUUCCGCGACAGCACCGCGCAAUUCCGCGGGCUCGGCUACGCGGUCUACGGGCUGUCUGGCGACAGUCCCAGCGCCAACGAAAAGUUCCACACCAAGCAGAACCUGGCCGACAUCCAGCUGCUGUGCGACGCGAAGUACGAGCUGCACGCGCGCCUCGGCGUCAAGAAGGCGGGCGCCGCCAAGGGCACCGUUCGCAGCGUCGUGGUCAUCCAGAAGGCCGUCGACGCCACCCAGAAGGCUACCGUGCUCAAGAGGGCCCCCGCUAAUCCCGCCCAGAGCGUCGAUGUCGCCCUCAAGGCUAUCAACGCCGCCACUGCUGCUGUCGCUGCGACAGCUGAGAACAAGGAGGAUGAGGACGCCGAGAUGAAGGAUUAG